AUAUGUACAUCCAGCGCAUUGUCUGUUACACCAAAACUGCCCGGGAGCGACACGCCGACAUGUGGGCGCAAGUCCCGCCUUCGGAGGCUGCGGCGCUUCACGCCGGCCCAGGCCACCAGGCGAUCCGAAGCGACUUCAAGCGAGACUGGCGACAAUUCUUCACGUCCGACAUGGCGGAUCCAGUUGAAAGUGUCACCGUGGAAGAAGGAACAGAGGAUAAAGACAGGCUGGACGACGAUCAGAAGGUUGAAGAAACCAAAGAUAAUGAUGCGAUGGAGGAACACUCGGAAUCGGGAUCGGAAGCUAGCUCAAGCUCAGGAGCGACGACACCGAGCGGCCCACAUGGUGUAGUGCUCAAGGCACUCCGCAAGCUACUCCGAAACUACCACUUCUCAUUGAAUCAAAUCUGCUGUAGUUCCCAAGAAGAUCUGACACUCGAUGACCUGCAGGAUAAGGUGGAAAUCUUCAAGACAUUGCAGACCAGCUUUUUACCUUCACUCAAGCAGCAAGUCGGAGCUCUCCUGGACUCACUCGACCUUUCCGAAUCGGCAAUCAAUCCAUGCCCCAACCCAGAAUCGGUCGCGAAAAUCUUGUCAGAACUUUCGGCGACACUCCAUGACACUAGAUCUGCUGUUGAAGAGCUCGCUCUCGAACCACCUCUACAAGCCGCAAGCCAUGACCGACAUCUAAAAUUUCUCAAACGUCACAGGACUUCUCCACUACUAUGGAAAACCAAGGCAGUUAUCCAAGACGACGUGUGCGAAAUAUUUCAAGCUAUUGAAGGAUUACUCAUCAAUCUCGAGCAUCAUCAAAAUCCCAAACCAGGCGAGUCAUCUCAGAGCGAAUUCCAUGGGUCCGAUAUUAUAGAUUAUCUAUUCAACCCUGUCAAAUGUAAACAACGUAUCAACACAACUUGGGCCAAAAUCAGAAUAGUUAUCGAUGGGAUAAUCGAGUGGUCUAAUCUAUCUGACUUUGCUGUCCUUCAGAGGGAGUGGCGAAGUUCGACUCGGAAAUGUAACCGGAUGCUCGAAGCCCUGGGGGAGAUUGUCAAUGGAACUUAUUGGAGGAAAGAUGGGAAUCGGAUGUCGGCCGAAGCGGCUAGCGAUCCGAAGAAGGUUGAGGCACACAAAGCUCGGGCUAUUCAACUGGCUAAAACAGGAAUACCGAUCGUCAAAUUGGGAAGAAUAUUUUUUGACAAGCUAUCUAGGACCUGCCUCCAUCCACUCCCAUUCACGAUGGAUACAGAGAUGAGCUCGAAUGAACUGGAAUCGCUAGUAAAAAAACUCGAAUCAUUCUACGCGAGUAUCGAUUAUAUGUCUGGACACUUAUGCGUCAUUUACGAGUCCGAUAAAGACAUUUCGAGGAAGAUCAACUCUCUUAGGAACGUCAGCGAAGGGGUGAUCUCGGAACUCGAAGAGGCUUUACUCGCUUUAUCCUUCUGUCUCAUUCCGGCAUCCCAAACUCCAACAACUGAUCGUCGUCCUGCCUCCGAACAACAUUUCAAGACAUGGUUCCUCGAGUUCAAAAAUCAAUUCAUCCUUGCUUGUACUAAUCUCAUACAUGCCACUGACACCUGUUUUGGUGAUCAACUGGAACAGGAGUAGGACUUCUAAAGCCAAAUUCAAAUGAAGUUUAGAAAAUUAAAUCAAAACACUGAUCAUGAAAUCAAUCACUUAUGCAAUACAUAUCCAAAAUCGACUUAGCUUUUACUUGAGACUUUUGAUUUUCAAGUGUGUUUUGAAAAGCAAAAUCUCAAGCAC